UUUGACCUCUUUUGGGGGUCCCCGCUAAUAGUCCGGCUAUACUCGCGGGGAGAGGUCGACAGAGGUGGCCGAGAGGUGGCCAAGAGGGUCCGCGAGGGGUCGCCCCUUAUUCGCGCAACCUCUCUCCACCUCUGUCCCCCUCUCGCGCCCCCUCUUUUUGACCUCUCUGCACCCUCUGUGCCACUUAGGCGGCGCCUAAGGGUGGGCGCUUACUGCGGGCCUUAUUCGCGCACCCUCUCGCGCACCCUCUCGAACGGGGUCCCGCGCCACCUCUCCACCUCUGUCGACCUCUUUUCUACCUCUGUCGACCUCUUUUUUACCUCUCGGCCACCUCUCUGGGACCCUCUGUCUACCUCUUUUUUCGCAUGAAUAUAAUGUAUAGUAAUUGCAUUACAAAUUUCCUC